CGGAGUUCGGGUUCCCUCGUUCAUCCCAUUCGCUCCUCGUCUCUUUGGGGCCCCUCCAAAAAACAACACCCACAACUGAAUAGUUUCUCUUCUAUUUCCUUCGUUAUCAAGGAAUACGAAAAUAAGAAAAAUUCGAAAUUUCCUUUGUGAACACGUUGGAAAGCCAAGGUUACUAUCCACACUCGGAGCCUUAGGGCUAGUCAGUUUCGUUGUUGGCACCACUGCUGCCGUCUGGGCGUCCCACUUACAAAUCACUUAUUGCAUACAAUCACCCUCUAUUCGAGGAGUUGGUCUCUAGGAUUCUCUAGACAACGUACUUUUUAAAAAAAGUUCGUAAUCGCUCACUUCGAUUCCUACCCUACGAAACCCCAUCGUCUAGCAUCUAGCCCGUUGCCGCCGCCAAAAUGAAGGGCCGUCCGGUUGACCAGAUCGUCUUCGAGUGCAUGUUUCCUAAACCCCGACCGAGCGAUCCGCAAAACUUCCACACUCUCCUUCACCGAAACCUUAUCCCAGAAGUCCGUCAAGAAGUUCAUUCCUUCUACGGUCAUCUCGACACCCAAGAAGCCAAAUAUCCUGGGCUAGACUACACUCAUCGUAUCCACCGCAUACGGCUUAGCCGCUGGCCGUGGCAUCGACGUCUGUUCCGGGCGUUCGAUGCUCUACGUCUGACCAACUCCGAAAUCGCGAAUUUGACCAAGUGGGAGGGCACAAAAUGGGCGAAGGAGCGUUUCGAGCGGGAUUCUGACGUUGUCAUCCACGACACCGCUUUUGACGAAAUUGCGGAAUGGGUUGAGCCCGAGGAUAGGCCACAGACGGCUCGUGCAACGCAAUCCGAGAGCUUGGAAGACGACUCAGCAACACCAGAUGAAGAAAUGGAGGGCGAGGAAGAAGAUAGCGAUGGCGAGCUGACGAGCGUUGGUGUUUCUCUGAACGAGCGCCUCCGUGCACGAGCUGCGCUUCACGAGGCUGGAGAUACCUCCUUGCCUCUUGAUGAAGAAUGGGAACAGUGGUUGAAGAAUGCAAUCGAAUCCGGCGAACUUCCCUUCCUUACUGAGCAGAUCGUCCGGGAAUCGAACAACGUCGCCCUCAUUCCACAGGCGCUCUUCCCGCCACGAAUGCUCAGCGCAGCACGAGCAGGUAGCUGGGGCGAUAUCCCGGACUUUCUCCAUGGCGUACUCCGAUACGCCCUGGAAAACGAAGCACCGAGUAGAGGGCAGGAGUCGACUGGGCGUUCUUCUGGGCGCAUUGCCCAAGAGAGCGGGCCAAGGAGGGGUUCGCGACGCGAUUAUUCGGAUCUACGACUCCCAAGUAGCGAGGCUAGUACCAUUGCCACCCCACGAGUUCGUCUACAGCGAACCACCCAGUCCGGUACCCAGACCUACAUUUCUCUUCCGUAAGAGCUUCGCGAUAUGGGCUCAGGCAUCAAACGUAGAGAUGAGAGGAUGAGGAGGAUAGGCGCAAAACUUUUCGAUACCCAUACCCCAAUCGAAUUCUUUCAACUUCCAACCCGCUCUGAGUGCAUGGUCGCCAGGGAUUCUUCGGCAUUUUCGUGCAUGGUUAUGGUUUCUCACCAGCCUAGAUGGCUACUACUUGUUCCCGAAGACGUCUUAAUAAUGAGCAUUUCGAGGAGUGGAGGUAGUUCAGAGCAUAUUGAUGGCAUUUGGAGAGCUUAUGGUUUCAGAUGGCUGCAUGGAUGCUCUGGGAAUACCCAACGACAUGGUGGCGACGGCAAACUGGCUAGACGAGACUCUUUAUCCGGCUGUAAAUCGACAUUUCGGGGACUAAUUCAACGGGGUCAACGAAACAGAGGUUUUGGGCAUACGGGUUCGCCGUUACAGCUGCACGCAAAAUUAGCUCGACAAAGUUCCGUAUCAGUUAGAGUCCCAACACCACCAUUUCUUAACCUACGACAUCCACCAACCAAUUAAUAUCAGCCGGCCUUUCUGAAGGGGAGAUAGUGAGGAGUACAAGGGGAGGCAUCUAUUCUUUUUUAAACGGGGAGUUGUGGAUCGCAUUCAACGGAGGC